UCCUGACAGUAGAAUAUGAGACAGAUAAUCUGUGGAAAAAAUCAAGCUCCUCUGGCUCCUCCCAGUGAUCCUAUUGCCAUUUGCAGAAAGUCAUGCGCUCCCGGUAAAAAACAACCAAUCAGAGCUGCGGUCCGUAACUUUGUUUGUGUUCAAAAUGUAGAAAAUGAAAAUAAUAAGCGAGUACACCAUGAAUCCAUUUCCCAAACCGUGUUUUUAGCUUGUCCUGAAUCACUAGGGUACACCUAUAAUAAGUAUUUAUAUUCGGACUAUUUUAGAUUGCUUCGGGGGUACCGCGGCGGAGUAACCCAGUACCUUUGUGAUUCUUCAUAGACAUAAACAGAGAGAAGUAGCUCCGGCUACAAUGUUCUUCCGCAAGACGCAAGCAGUUCUGUUUAUUAACCGCUAGAGCGUCAAAAGUUCCCUACUGCAGCUUUAACAUCUAUAAAUGCAUUGCUGUGCAUUAAAUAUAUUGCUGCCUUUAGAUGGCAGUGUACCAUCCUUUCACCAUUUCAUUUCAUUUUAUUUUUUCUUUCUUUCUUUCCUCCCGGUCAGUGGUGAUUAAUAGCAAAUAACUACAGUUUUCUUGUUGUAUCAGUAACUGGAGUAACGUUUGGGAAAAUAUACAUGAAUAUGCCAUAUCCCCUGCUGUAUUUCUGCUGUUUCUCCAUGCAGCGCUUGUUCAGGAUAAUGUGCAAGAACGCCCUCUAGUCGCAGAUUUCACCACUUCACCGGUUUCAUUGUUUAGGGCUCAACACUGAGUAAUUCUUCUUUAGGGGUUUGAGUGUGGACAACAUACGGAAUUAUGUGUGUGUUAAACUCCGAGGAUAAUUUAAUAUCAAGUUUAUAUUUGUACUACCUGUCUAUUGACUGCAUUCGUGUGAUGACUUUGUCUUCCUGGAAGGUUACUGAUCAGCUUAAGUCUUAGACGAAUGUCGACUCAGCGGAAUAGAACGGGCUUGUGUCUGCGCUCGGACAGCAACAUAUCUGAUUACCUAAAAUAAUAUUCAACUAGACAAAAUCUUUCUUAUGCAAAAACUAAAUAUAAUUUAUUAACGUCAUUGACUAGGACUUCUUGCAUUUUGGAUCCUGUAGAAAUGCAUUUACUCGGGCAUCAGGCGUCUGAAGCUUGGUCCUGAUGUGAGUUUGAGUGAUGGGAAGUUGUUUUGGAGUGAUACGUCAAAGGUCUCACCUGUCCUCCAGGAAUGCAUCCAGAUACAGCACCAAAGGAGGAGGACGCAAUGAGCCCCUGAAGAAAGAUAAGCCCAAGUGGAAAAGUGAAUAUCCUAUGACAGAGGGCCAGCUGCGCAGUAAAAGAGAUGAAUUCUGGGACACGGCCCCAGCUUUUGAUGGCCGUAAAGAGAUCUGGGAUGCACUGAAAGCUGCAGCUGUCGCGAUUGACUGUAAUGACCAUGAACUGGCGCAGGCUAUUGUAGAUGGAGCCAGCAUCACACUGCCUCAUGGGUCUCUUAUGGAAUGCUAUGAUGAACUGGGGAACCGCUAUCAGCUCCCUGCAUACUGCUUGGCUCCUCCAGUCAACCUGCUGUCUGAGUGCAACGAUCAUAAUGUGUCUGAAAACUCUGAGCUACAGGAGAAGGAGGAGAAGGAGUUCCAGCUGAAGGUGCGUCUCUCCACCGGAAAAGACCUUCGCCUCAGCGCCACGAUGGCCGAUUCCAUCCGUCAGCUGAAAAAACAGCUUCAAAUUCAGGAAGACAUUGAUACCGCACACCAGCGCUGGUUUUUCUCUGGAAAGCUACUCACGGAUAAAACACGUUUACAAGACACCAAAAUCCAGAAGGACUUUAUAAUACAGGUCAAUGUUAGUCAGCCCAUUGUUCCCAACUAAACACACAAAUCUUUGAACUGGGACUCAAUGAACUCAAACCUAUGUUUCUAUUAUAUCAUCUCACUGAUCCGGUGUGAGUUUCAACACUUGAGCUUUUCUAAAUAUUAAACACAAACAUUUUCUUCCAGAAAGGUAUAUUUUCUUGAACCUAUGAGGAGCUGAAAAGGUCAUAUAUACAUGCAUGUGUAAAAUAUUAAUAUAGUUACACAGCAAUUGGAGAGUAUAUUCACAAGAUUUUGCAAAAUAAGUUUCCAUUUACUGUAUGCUUAACAAUCAAUAAUUGUAGCAUACUAAUUGUAUAAUAUUUAAUUAGAUACCUUGCCUUGGUUUUAAUAUCCCUACAUAUGUUGUGUGGAUAUUCAUUUCCAUAUUCCAUGCGGUAUCAUUUGCCUUGAUCCUUGAUUCAGUCUGGUGUCCAUUACUGAGCAGAACUUUUUCAAUUUACAGAGCGUAUGGAUUUUUUAAAUCUUAUAGGGGACUAAUCAUAGACUGGAGACUUUUACGUAUCUGUGUUAGCUGUAAAACAACAACAUAAACAAAAACAACCUGUGUUUCUGUGCUUAAGUUGUUUGUAUACAUUUGUUUGUUGACAUGCUUUUAUAAUGUAUUGCAGGACAGACAGGUUAAUAAUAAAAAAUAAAUAAUAAUAAUAAUAAAAAAAAAAUCAUAAAUUGUUAACAACAUUUGCGGCAUAAUCAAAUCACCACAAGAGAGGAUUUAUUUACGGAUUUUUUUUUUCUUUUUUAAUUUUAUGUGAUUAAAUGAAAUAGCAACUGUAAAACAUGUCAAAAUGUGUGUCAGUGUAAAUACCAGAGAAUGGUUUAUUUUUAACACCAUGUUUUAAUAAACAACGUACAAAGAUAUAUGUCUGACUGACAAACUCUCAGCUUACCACAUGUCCUGUGAUGUGAGUGGAAACCUUUUUGUUAUUCUUUGCUCUUUUGAUAUUAAUAAUAUACAAUAUGAAGCAAAUUGACUAGAAUAGUAUAUUUUAUAUGAGUGCCAGCUCAUGUUGGAAUUAAGGGAAAUUAAAAAGUAGACAAAAUGGUA